AUAAAAGCAAGAACAGAAAGCUUACUGGAGAUUUUUGUUCUCAAGAGCAAGUACCCAACCUUCAAGUAAAAGAGAGAUACACAAUGACAUGUUCCUCUGUGGUCAUCGUGAGUAUAACAGGAUGUCUUAUCCUGACAGUGGGGUUAACUAAGGGUGCCUCUGUCCGAUCCUCGUGCCCUCCUGGCUGGUUCUUCUACAGAUCACAUUGUUAUGCCGUGAGUAAAAGCCCAGCAUCUUGGGCUGAUGCAGAGUAUGAGUGUGGAAGCUAUGGACAUGGAGCACACCUGGCCUCUAUUAUGGACGAUGCCGAAGGUGCAAUCAUUGCAAGCCAUGUGUCAGCCAAUCAGGAUACAGAAGGAGUGUGGAUAGGCCUACAUGAUCCUGAGAAGAAUGGACGCUGGAAGUGGACUGAUGGAUCCAUGUACAGUUAUGCAGCCUGGAAAGCGGGUGUGCCAGACAAUGCAAAAGGGAAAGAGUUCUGUGCUGUACUUGUUAGUGGUUCCAAGUAUAAGAAAUGGAACGAUGUUGGGUGCGGAGCUCUCCGGAACUAUGUCUGUAAAUUCCAUCCGUAACCUGGCCCCUGUCAUAUAGCCACAAGGCCCACAACUAUAUACCUCUAUUCAUCAAUUCAACUUUGUCAAAUGUAAUGCUAACGAAUCAGUUUCACACACAAUAUG